AUGCGCGUGCUUGGGAGUAUUGCCCUUCUGGCUGCCCUGGUAGGAGGCGCUAGUGCAGCAAGUUUCCAGGUGAGUUUCCCCAAGUCGAUCGAUGCGGAUACAGUAUCCAAGCAUAAACUGGAGGUGGGGGAAACUUGCACGAUUGAAAUGCUCCCACAAAAUAGUAAAGUGACUGUGGAACCGGAACAGCUUGAGAAGGAAGCGUUUCCGCUGAACAAUGGAUCGUGCGACACUGCGAAGGGAGCCAAGCCCUGGGCUGAGCUUUUCCCGGGUGCCGACAAAAACUUUGCUUUCGCUACUACUACUUCUUCGUCGAGCCUCAUUUUAAAAGUGCCACCCCACGGUGAUGGUCAGGGCUUUUGCUUCAUCCUCAGGGAUACCUCCACUAAACACACGACGACUUACGAAGUGACGACAUCUGGAGCCGGGAAGACCGCAGUUGGUGUCAUUACAUUUAUUGGUUUUUUGUCUUCCGUUUUUGCGAGCAUGCACUCUUAA